ACUCUCCUGGAAACCCACCCAGAACAUCCACCUUCUAACACCAUGGUCAGCUGUUGUGGUUCCGUCUGCUCUGACCAGGGCUGUGGCCUGGAGACCUGCUGCCGCCCCUGCUGCUGCCAGACCACCUGCUGCAGGACCACCUGCUGCCGCCCUAGCUGUUGUGUGUCCAGCUGCUGCAGACCCCAGUGCUGCCAGUCUGUGUGCUGCCAGCCCACCUGCUGCCGCCCCAGCUGCUGCAUCUCCAGUUGUUGCCGCCCCUCUUGCUGUGAAUCCAGUUGCUGCCGCCCCAGCUGCUGCCAGACCACCUGCUGCAGGACCACUUGCUGCCGACCCAGCUGCUGUGUGUCCAGCUGCUGCCGCCCCUCUUGCUGUGAAUCCAGCUGCUGCCGCCCCUGUUGCUGCCUGCGUCCAGUCUGUGGCCAAGUCUCCUGCCACACCACUUGCUAUCGCCCAACCUGUGUCAUCUCCACCUGCCCCCGCCCCAUGUGCUGUGCCUCCUCUUGCUGCUAAAUCUGCUUGAACACACCACUUCAUUAUCACCUCCUUUCCUACAGAUGAAGGCUCUGCUUUAAAACAUGUGGAGUGUUCAAGAGAAUUGAUCUGUGUCCCAUAAGCAAACCUCAUCCUUAGAACAUCUGUAUUUGCACUCUGCCUUUUGUCCAAACUCCCUGCCUUCCAGAUGAAUUCAUUGACAGUCUCCUAAUAAAUCUACAAAUUUCUCUCCAGCAUCCCCCCACCUCUUUGACUUCAGGAUAUUUAUUCAUCAUGCCUAAAGAAUUUCAAUAUUGCCUCCAUCAUCUGUAGGGCCACAGAUCUUAACGCCUCUGACUGCGAAGUCCAGUGAAGUCUCUUAAAGUCUUUUGCAAAUAUUUUCGUACCUUGUCAUUUCCAUGUACCAAAAUAAACCUCCAUUCUAUUGGCACUAAAAAUUGAA